AUGGCUUUCACGUUAUCUAACAGUGCACAUAGCCUUUCUUUACCCAAAAUCGGGACCCUUAUACCGAAUCGAAUAUUUGUUGGGGGAAUAACAUCUAAUACCACAGAAGAUGAUCUUCGUAGCUUCUUUUCAGCUUUUGGGCCCAUACGUGAUGUUAAAGUAAUUUAUGAUAGAUCUGGACUAGCUAAAGGAAGUUAUGGCUUUGUGACUUUUGAGAAUCAAGAAACAGCGGAGACUAUUAUUAAAAAUGAGGCAAAGUUUGGUGGUGCACUCUUAAUGACCAAUGGAGCGAUUCCCUGCGUCCUUUCAAACGGGCUUUCAUUUAUUCAGUUACCAAACAAAGAUUAUUCACUCGUUAAUAAUCAUUCGAAUGUUUAUUCUACUACUCUUGUGUUACCUCAAAAUAUCUCAUCAAACGGGGGAGCGCAUCAAACGACAAAUGCCGCUAGAUCCCAAACGACUACACUACUCCAGCGACCAACUACAGCUUUGUCUAGCUCUUCUUCAGAUAGAGCUAGUUCUAUGCUUGGCAGCUCUCCACUUCUCUGCACACAUGGCCAAUUGCCACUCCCGCCUAAUAAUAUGAAUGGGAUUCAAACAUUAAUCUCUCCACUAAAUUGCACAAAUAAUGAGAAUUUAUCUUAUUUCAUCCCCCCGGUUCGGCAUCAUCCACGACCAGGAUCUCAUCUACAAGCGAAGGCCUCAAGGGAUCAACCACAAAUUUUUCCACAAGUUAUGUUGAAUGGAAUUCCAUCGUUUACGAAUCAGCAGGCUCAGGAAGAAAAUGGAAUUAUAUUACGAUCGAAAUCCUCAGAUUACCCACAAAACGUACAGACAUGUGAUACUAGAAUUUUUUUGAAUGCAGACGUUGCCAUUCCAUCGUUUAUCACUUCAAACGGUUCAGUAGCCUUUGUCGAAGAACCAAAUGACAAAGCGCCUAACAACCAAGGUCACUCCAUGAAUGCUUGCGCUCAAUCUACGGAGCAAAUGUCUUUGAUGAAUAACUUUGCCCUUGCUCAACAUCCUUGCUCAGCUUCCGCAGGAAGCUUUAUUGAAAUGAAUCCAUACUCACAAAUUUCUUCUAAUAUUCAAGCCCUUCCGCAACAAUCAGCUACAAACCUGCGAUCAAAAAGUCAUCCACAUAUUCAUAUAAUUAGCCCUCCGGUAAAUCAACAGCAGCUUAUAAUGCAAGGAGGAGUCAUAACAUCCUAUAGUUUCCCUCAGAGUGUGCAGAAAAGUUGUCAUUCAGUAAACAAGUUGGAUCAGUAUAAACUACUAGUGCCGAGUGCGGUCACAAUUGGUGAAACUAAACCAAAUCACUCCCAUCAAAUGGUGCCUAAUUCUGCAAUAACGUCUUUAAUGCAAACGGACAAACCUCUUCGCGAAUCAGUAGGAUAUACCUGUGUACACGGGCAAAUUAAUCAGCAUCCUAUAUGUAUGUUUUCAGCACCGACAUUGGUAUCGCCAGUUCACCAAAACAUAGCAAAUCCCAAUCUUCUUGUGUGCAAGAUAGAUAAAACCUCAAAUAUUAGAGAUCCUUCCUCCUUAGUAAUGCCUUAUUCGGCUGAUGCUGGAACAUCUUCUAUAUCUGAUACAGCCUCAAAUUUUUCUUCUUAUCUAUCCUCUUCCGCGUCCUCAUUGACAACGCCUUCUACACCAUCCAUAAAUUGUUCUUUGAAAUGUUAUGCAAAUAUGCUUCAAAUGCUAUCCAAAGAUUCCUUUUCUUCUGCAAAAUCUGGUUAUCAUCCCUCUUCAGACUCACUUAUUCAAAAUAUCAAGAGAGAAUCACCGAAUUUGCCAAAUGCCCAUCUUGAGGCCUGGCAGCCAGGUUCGGAGCAACACCAACAUAGGUUGAGUCGGAUAACGAAUAUUUCUGGAGAAUCGGAAAACGUUUUUAACACACAAGUAAGUGAUGGAAAAAUGAUUGAUAUUUUAAAGUAUCAAUAUACGUGA